AGUAACAGACUGAGAGAGACAGACAGACAGACAGAGAGAGAGAGAGAGAGUGCUCCACAACACUUUCCAUCAUCCUACAGAAACCCCAAAAGAUAAGUUUAUUUAGAUAUAUAUAUAUAUGUCUACAAACGGGGGGAGGAGUGUGUUCACACCGUAACGUCCUUCAGCGAAGCAGAACAGGACAGAAACACGACACCUCUCCCGAGAUGGAGUUUGCCAGCAGUCAUAUUUACGUCGGGAAACCUUCGGAGAAGUCGUGCCGCCGCGGAGACAGCGUUCGUGAAGCCCUGAGCAACGUGUCUCUGGGUGAAGGUGUUGGGGAGGCCGUGUGGGCCAGCGCCCCCCCCGCCAGUGACCCGCUGUACGACCCCGUGACCAGCAAUGCCGGGGUCCGGACGUAUGACAACCUGAGUGUGAGAGACCCCUCUGGGUGGGGGUGCACCUCCACUCCCCUCGACCCCAGCUCAGCCCCCGCCGACACGCCCCACGAUGGAUCCAUCCGCACAUACGACAACCAGAGCGUGAGGGACCCCCCUGAGGGGGGCAGCGCCCACAUCUAUUGCAAACCCCCAGCUACUGAUGCACCCGGCGACGGACCCUCACCAAAAUACGACAACAGGAAGCCCCCGGCCCCCGGCUCGGCCAUUUACGAUAUCGCAGAAGGUUCUGCUGCCCCAGCCCAGCCCCUCCCCCCGCCCCGGCCCCCCAAAACCAACAGCCUUUGCCACUCAGAACACGACAUCUACAGCUACGUGGCUUCCACCCCCUCUCCGUCCUCCUCCAUCAGGCCGUCGGCCCCCGCUGGGCUGCUCUGCAAGGACACGGGAGGUUCCGGGCCCUACUACGGCAACAGGAAGGAACCGGCGUCACCGGCCUUGGGGGCUUCGAAACCCAGAGCCCCCACCCCUCGCCCUCCUCGCAGCGGGGUCAGCAAUCUGGGCUCAGGGCAGCCUCCCCCUCUCCCCCCAAGGCCCGAGUCACUGCAGCGACUGCCUGACUAUGUGGAAGUGAUUGAGCCCCCCCACCAGCCCCAGGCCCCCCCACUCCCAGAGAGAAGUUUUCCCCAGGACAAGCCGCUGAAGGGGAAUCCCAACGUGGUGUUGGCCAAUGUGGGCAAACUGGUCCACGUCCGAAACGUCAAGCCGCAGGCCGGGAUGCCGAUCUACUGUACGGGCUGUACGGCUGCCGUCUCCUCUCUCAGUGAGAUCCAGGACCAGCCCACCACCACAUGGAGGUGUGAGUAUUGCGGGGUCAGUAACCCUCUGGAUUACCGGGUGGAGGCGGGGGGAGCCAGAGACGAUCAGACCUUUCUCCACCUCCCUGACCCGGCUAGCGCCCAGCAGCAGAACGAUUCCCUGGUCGUCUUCUGUGUGGACAUAUCCGGGAGCAUGAGCGUCACACUGCAGGUGAACCCCAGGGCCGAUCAGCAAACCAGCUACAUGUCGCGGUUACAGGCGGUACAGGAAGCCGUGAUCCAGUCCUUCCAGUACUUGUUACAGACGGCGCCUGAGAAGCGAGUGGCUCUGGUCACCUUCAACGACGAGGUGACUGUGUACGGGGACGGGAUGAGUGACCCCCGGAUGCUCAAGGAGUUUGAGCUGAUGGAUCAGGAUUACCUGAAGGCUCGAGGGCUGCAGGAGCCCCUUCCCCUCAGCAUCGCAGAGAGCAAGGCCAGCCUGGAGCAGCGGGUCAUCACGUUACAGGAGUUUGGAUCCACAGCGCUGGGACCGGCCUCGUUGAUCUCCAUAGCGAUGGCGUCGCAGAAACCAGGCUCCAAGGUGAUCAUCUGCACCGACGGCAAAGCCAACACAGCGCUCGGUAACUUGGAGGACAUCAAGGAGGACGAGAUUUACCAAUCCUCAAAGCUCUUCUACCAGCAGCUGGCGGAGUACGCAGGGCAGCGAGGGGUGAUCGUGUCGGUGCUGACUAUCGAGGGGACAGAUUGUCGGUUACAGGAACUGGGGCAGAUGGCAGACAAGACAGGCGGGAAGGUAAACAUCGUGAACCCGAUAAGUUUGUACAACGAAUUUCAGUUAAUCUUAGAGGACGACAUCAUCGCCACCAACACGACGGCCAUCUUCGUGGUCAACGAGAGCUUAUACUUUAAGCACGAGGGUGAGCCUGUGAGCAGGCUGGUCAGGUAUGUGGGCAACGUUACCAAGGACACAGAAAUCACCUUCGAAUUCGGGAUCAAGGAAGGCAGCGAACAGAAAAUCCACCAGAUGCCCUCGCUCCCAUUCCAGCUCCAGUUGGCAUUCCGGCUUCCUGAUGGCCGGCACGGUUAUCGCAUUGUGUCUCUGGACAGACCGACAACCAGCAGCAGUACAAUCGUCAAGAGUAACCUGAACCUGGCGGUGCUGCAGAUACACAGUGCCCAGCUCAGUGCCCGCCUGGUGAUGGAGGGGAGGCUACAGGAAGCUCAGAGAGAAGCCUUGGCUCAGAAAGAGCUCAUCGAGGACGUCCUAGGGAAGAGGAAAGAUGCUGAGCAGGAGGCUAUAUACGAAAGCUGGGUGGAAUCAAUGUCUCCCAUCCACGGGGAGCUCAAAGCUCAAUCCCAGGACGGAGCUCCUUUGAAUCCCAUAUAUGAGCCACUGAACACCAGACAGAACACCGCAGCCAAGUCGUUCUCUGAUGACAUUGCCAACGUGGUUUUCAAGCUGAAGAAUGCGAAGAAGAAAAUGUUCAAGAAACCAAAGUUUUUGGUGCCCAUUUGAGGAGCACAAAAAGUUACAGCCCCUCGUUCGUACCCUACCUCCUUCCCCCCCGCAGCCUCCUU